CACACAAUUUCUUAGUUAGUUUUUCCAGCGCAUUGAAUCAUCAUGGACAGCGAUAUGUACGAUGAGUUCGGUAAUUACAUCGGACCCGAACUUGACUCUGACGGUGAAGAUGAAGUUGAUGACGUAUCGGAUGAAGGGAGUGAGGAGGAGGAGGAGGAGGAGAGGGAGGAAAUGGAGCAGGAUACGCAUGUAACUGGUACAGAAGUUGUGUUGCACGAAGAUAAGAAAUAUUAUCCCAGCCACGAGGAAGUGUACGGGCCAACCGUCGAGACAAUAGUAGAAGAGGAAGAUGCCCAACCGCUCACCGAGCCGAUCAUAGCUCCGAUCAAACGGAAGAAGUUUGCGUUGGUUGAGCAAGAGCUGCCGAACACGACAUACGACAUGGAGUAUCUCGCAGAUAUGAUGGACAGCCCGGAACUUAUAAGAAACAUUUCAAUCAUUGGGCAUUUGCACCAUGGAAAAACCAACUUUGUUGAUUGUUUGAUGGAACAAACACAUUUCGACAUUGCUAAACAUGAAGAAAAAGAUCUGCGUUACACGGACACCUUACUAACUGAACAAGAACGCGGCCUCAGCAUUAAGGCACAGCCAACCACACUAAUACUGCCCGAUACAAAAGGGAAAAGUUAUCUGUUCAAUAUAAUGGACUCCCCUGGUCAUGUUAACUUCUCUGAUGAGGUGACGGCCGCCAUGCGAUUAAGCGAUGGGGUUGUUUUAUUUAUUGACGCAUCCGAAGGUGUCAUGUUGAACACCGAACAACUCCUUAAACAUGCAUUGCAGGAGCGAUUAUCCGUGACGAUCUGCAUCAACAAAAUCGACCGUCUCAUACUAGAACUUAAGCUUCCCCCCGCUGAUGCUUAUUUUAAACUCCGCCAUAUCGUGGACGAAGUAAAUAAUUUGUUGAGAACUUACAGCGAUACCGAAAACAUUCCAAACGUUUCCCCUUUAAAUGGCAACGUAUGUUUCGCGAGUUCACAAUACGCGUUUUGUUUCACACUCAACUCGUUUGCGAACCUUUACGUAAAACAGUUUGGCAACGAGGUCGACCCAAAACAAUUUGCUCGAAGAUUGUGGGGAGACGUUUACUUUAACCAGAAAACGAGAAGGUUUUCGAAGAAACCUCCGCACACGAACGCACAGCGAAGUUUCAUUGAGUUUGUUUUGGAACCUUUGUACAAAAUAUUUUCACAGGUUGUUGGGGAUGCCGACUCAACACUGCCUCGUGUGUUGGAUGAGCUUGGUGUUUAUUUAUCGAAGGAAGAAAUGAAAAUGAAUAUUCGACCUUUGCUUCGACUUGUGUGUUCCAGAUUCAUGGGAAACUUUAGUGGGUUCGUUGAGAUGUGCGUCGAACACAUACCAUCGGCCAACAACGCUGCUAAGAACAAAGUGAUGCAUACGUACACGGGACCUCAGGAUGAUACGGAACUUGUGCAAGCCAUGUAUACGUGUGAUCCUGAUGGUCCCCUGAUGGUCCACACAUGCAAGAUGUAUUCAACUGAGGAUGGGGUUAGUUUCCGUGUGUUUGGACGUGUGAUUAGCGGUACAGUAAGAGCGGGGGACAUGGUGAAAGUACUCGGGGAGAAUUACACGUUGGACGACGAGGAAGAUUCGAGGUUGUUGAUGAUGGGGAGAUUGUGGAUAUCCGAGGCUAGGUAUACGGUUGAAGUCAACAGAGUUCCUGCGGGAAACUGGGUGUUGAUGGAAGGCGUUGAUGAACCCAUAGUGAAGACGAGCACCAUUACACAAGCUAGAGGAAAUGAGGAAGCUCAUAUAUUCAAGCCACUAAAGUUUAACACAAGCUCCGUGGUGAAGAUUGCGGUCGAACCCGUCAACCCAUCAGAGCUUCCCAAGAUGUUGGAUGGGCUGAGGAAAGUUAACAAGAGUUAUCCCCUGCUAACUACAAAGGUAGAAGAGUCGGGUGAGCACGUUGUACUUGGGACCGGCGAACUUUACCUUGACUGUGUAAUGCACGAUCUACGACGAAUGUACGCCGAGAUUGAUAUCAAAGUUGCCGACCCUGUGGUUGCUUUCUGUGAGACAGUGGUGGAUACUUCAUCGCUGAAAUGUUUCGCUGAAACUCCCAACAGAAAGAACAAACUAACGAUGAUCGCCGAACCAUUGGAGAAGGGACUGGCCGAGGACAUCGAACACGAGGUGGUGCAAAUCGGAUGGAACCGGAAACGCUUGGGUGAAUUCUUCCAAACCAAGUACGACUGGGAUUUGCUUGCUGCGAGGUCAAUAUGGGCGUUUGGACCCGAUGCCGCAGGCCCCAACAUAUUAGUGGAUGACACCUUGCCAUCUGAGGUCGACAAAUCGUUGCUUGGUUCGGUUAAAGAUAGCAUCGUCCAAGGGUUCCAGUGGGGGUCAAGGGAGGGCCCAUUGUGUGAUGAACCGAUCCGGAACGUCAAGUUCAAGAUCCUCGAUGCCGUGAUCGCGAACGAACCCUUGCAUAGAGGGGGAGGGCAGAUCAUUCCAACCUCGAGGAGGGUCGCUUACUCUGCUUUCCUCAUGGCAACCCCUCGUCUAAUGGAACCUUACAUGUUCGUUGAAGUGAUAGCACCGGCUGAUUGCGUGUCCGCUGUGUAUACGGUCCUUGCGAGGAGAAGGGGUCAUGUGACGCAGGACGCCCCCGUCCCGGGUUCACCCUUAUACACCAUCAAAGCUUUCAUUCCAGCCAUUGAUUCGUUUGGGUUCGAAACAGAUCUACGAACACACACACAAGGUCAAGCAUUCGGGUUGUCCGUGUUUCACCAUUGGCAGAUUGUACCAGGCGACCCCCUUGACAAGAGCGUAGUUAUCCGGCCCCUAGAACCCCAGCCUGCAACCCACCUCGCUAGGGAGUUCAUGGUCAAAACGCGACGUCGUAAAGGAUUGAGUGAAGACGUUUCCAUAUCGAAGUUCUUCGACGACCCCAUGUUGCUGGAACUUGCUAGACAAGACGUUAUGUUUAACUACCCAAUAUAAUGAACUCUGCUUUGCGUCGUGAACUACGUUACGAUAAUAAAUGUACAAUCAUAUAACACCAACAGCAUUGUCAACCA